GGAACAAACCCCCUGUGUGGUGUGAUCUCUCACAGGGUGGGAACCCCUUGCUCAGCAUCUCAGCUGCUUGAGGUCUGAUGGUCCCCUAAGGCAACCCUGGUCCUGCUAGCAAGGACAAGCUGAGAGAGAGACAGAGGAGGAGCAUGGCAUCAGAUUCACCCCUGAGACUCCCAGCCACCAGCCCACCAUCUGGGGAGGACAAGCCCUCCGACUUCCUGUUGACAGCCCAGGCCACCAUCAACAUCUUCACCGUCCUCUUCAUCUUCAUUACCUUCUUCGCAGGCGUGUGUGGCAACGGGUUGGUCAUCUGGGUGGCCGGCUUCCGCCUGCCCCUCACGGUCAACCGCAUCUGGUACCUCAACCUGGCCGUGGCCGAUUUGGCCUUCACCUUGUCCCUGCCGGUUCUGGCGGUGGUUUUGGCCCUGAGCCACCAGUGGGUCACCUGCAAGGUCAUCGCGGUCGUGCUGGUGCUCAACCUCUUCGCCAGCAUCUUCCAGCUGAGUCUCAUCUCUGUGGACCGCUGCGUGUGCGUGUACUGGCCCCUGUGGGCCCGCCGACACCGCACCCCUUGGCGGGCAGGGCUGGGGGUUGGGGCCGUCUGGCUUCUGGCCCUGGCCUGCGUGGUCCCGAACGUGCUGUUCUUGGACUGGUUGGCCAUCCAGGGCUCGGCCAACGCCAGAUGCUACAAAAUCUUUGACUCCUGGAACCAGACCCGUGGCGAUGGGGAGCGGGGGCAGCAAUUGGCCAGGAGUCAGGCUUUGGCCUUCCGGGCUGGCCACUUCACCUUCACCUUCCUGCUGCCCCUGGCCCUCAUUGGGGGCUGCUCCGGCCUCAUCGCCUUCAAGCUGCGGAGGAAGCAGGAGCAGCCCGGUAGGCCCUUCCGCGUGCUGGCCUCCGUGGUGGCCGCCUUCUUCGUCUGCUGGUUCCCCUCCCACCUCCUGGGGCUGCUGCAGCUGGGGUCGGGGGACCGUGUGGGCUCGGAGCUGAGGUCCCCACUCUUCACCCUUCUGGGGCCGCUGACCUUGUGCUUGAUCUGCCUCAACAGCUGCUUGAACCCCCUUCUCUACGCUUUCCUGGGCCGGGACUUCCGGGACCAUCUGAUCCGCUCCCUGCCCACCGCCCUGGAGCGGGCCCUCAGCGAGGAGCCUGGCCUCCUCCACCCCAACUCCUAG